UUCGAUUAUUAUUUGUUGAUAUAUUAUAUAAAAACUUAUAGUUUUCUUCUCAUUGAGUCAGUGUGUGGCUUCCACUCUUAUCAAUGGGUUUUAAGCCUCUCGUUUUAAUCAUCAACGAGAGCAAAAAAAAAAUUCACUUUUGAAGCUCCAUGGACCGAUUGAAUUCUAGAAGGAUAUCUAGUCCAGGACAGUUGUGGUUGAACUGGGCUCAUUGAGCAUCCCUGAGUUUGUUGACUAAAAUUGGUCAAGGCUUGGCGAGGGCAAGGUAGGUAGAACAGAUAAUUAAAGAAGAUGGCGCACUCGGUUGUUGAAAGCACCCAGAAGUUAUGGGAUACAUGGAAUAUCAUAACACUGGUUAUUCUGAGCCUAUUGCUGCAGUUUUUUUUAUGUCUCUUUGCACCGUUGAGGAAACAAAGAGGGGGGAAAUGGGUUGUGAUAAUCUGGUUGGCAUACUUGCUUGCAGACUGGGUUCCUACAUUCACUAUUGGCCUUAUCCUCCAAGCUGAAAGCAGUACAAUCCUAGUCUUUUGGGCCACCUUUCUUUUGCUGCAUCUUGGUGGCCCCGACCAAAUUACCUCCUCCUCUCUGGAGGAUAAUGAACUAUGGGUCAGGUACGCACUUGGGUAUAUGUUCCAACUUGCUUUGACUCUCUAUCUUUUUAUGCGUUUGCUAACGGAUCAGAAGGGUCAAGAAACUCCUGGGCUCCCAAUUUUCGUGGUGUUAUAUGUAGGAGUGGCCAAAUGUGGAGAGCGGAUCUAUGCUUUUUAUCAAGCAAGUUUUGACCGUUAUGGAGAGCAUCAACAUUAUUUAUUUCGAGGAAAAAUUGAAGUUACUAAUGAUGAGAGCGAACGUUCCUGCAAUUACACUUUAGGAGAGGAAUUAUCGCCCUAUGGUACUAUCAAGAGUCUACUCGUUGGGCCUCUCCUGUCUCCAGGAAGACGUAAACGUAUGAGGGCAGCCUUUCUUCGAAAGGGGUCAACAGACAUCCUUUUGAUGUUAGAGAUUGAGCUAAGCCUCUUAUAUGAAGUUCUUCACACCAAGUUACCGCUUCCCGGGUCCAUCCCUAGUUGGAGGUGUGGAUUAAUCCUUUAUCGGUUUCUUUGUCUUGUUUUACUUUGGACGGCCUUAACAACAUUCAGGCCAAGUGCCGAGAACUACGUGUUAGGGAUGUUUGAACUUUGGCUAACCUAUGGUUUGUUGAUUGGGGCUAUAACAAUGGAUAUCAUAUCUAUCGGAUUUUUAAUUUUAUCCGAUUGUAAAUUUCUAUGUAUCCCUCCUGGAAAUUUAAGCGUUGGAGAAGUAAAAGCUACGACCUGGAAACUGAAGUGUGGAAAGGGGCGUAGGUGGUCAAAAACAAUCCCCCAGUGCAACUUUAUAACACACAAUGAUUAUCCAAAACCGUCGAAUUACGUUGCAUCCAUUCAGACUAUUUUGAAGGCCAUAGGAGUAUUCCAAUGCCUGUCUUCUCAAAACUUGAGAGAAGACAGGGAAUGGCGCUUCAUUUUUGAAGAAGUGAGGAAAAAGGCUUUGCAGGCAGAGACUGUAGAAAUGGGCAAGAAGAUUUGUUUAAAAAGAGGCGAUGGAAUUCUUGACACCCAUGAAGAGUAUAGGCAUCUCCGCUGGAGCAUCAAGGAAUUAGAUUAUACCAAAAGCCUUCUAACGUGGCACAUAGCCACUGAAGUUUGCUUCCAAAAUGGAGACCAAAGGCCUGCAUCCUUCAUUAUGGAUUAUAGAGGGAUAUCCAAAUUAGUAUCAGAUUAUAUGUUUUACCUUCUACAGAUGGAACCCGCUAUGAUGGCCACUGUGUCUACUGAUUGGAGAGAUGUACGUAGAGAAGCAUGCAGGGAUUUGGAAUACUUCUGUAGAACUCAGUCCGUUGCAGAUAAAAUAGAUCUAUCCAGAGCAAUCUUUGCAGAGGGCCCAGAGAGUCCGUCAGUUCGUAGACUAGGCGAAAAAUCUGUUUUAGUUUAUGCAAAUAAGCUUGCCGAUCAGCUGAAGAUAGGAGCGAACGGCUUGCCGUGGGAGUUAAUGAGCCAAGUUUGGGUGGAAAUAAUGUGCUAUGCUGCUAUUAAUUGUAGGCCAAAUGUGCAUGCACAACAACCAAGUAAAGGUGGACAACUUCUCACUUUCGUUUGGUUGUUGAUGAAUCAUUUCGGCUUAGGAACUCAAUUUGAAACUGAUAAACGUGCUGUUGAUGAUGAUGAAGAGACAAGUGUGUGAUUCAAUGUGCUGUUGAUGAUGAUGAAGAGACAAAUGUUGUGAUUCAUUGUGCUGUUGAUGAUGAUGAAAGAGACAAGUGGUGAUUCUCAAUUGGAUCGGAAAGUUUGAUUCCCGUGUGUAAAUUUGUAUGUGUCUUCUUUGUUAUCCUUUCUUAAAUCAGUACUUGAGCUUCUUAUAUAUGUUUUAAAAACAUGUGUGCAUUAAUUUCUUUUAAUGUGGUGAUUCUGUGUAUUAUACUUUUUUUUGUUCAACUUUAAUAAAUUUAAUUUUUAAUU